AUGCCCGCACAGCUCAAAAAAUGGCCAGCUUGGGCUGAAUACACCUCGGAAGGUGCGAAAGAGGCGCAGGAUCCUGAGUUCUUGGCCAUCAAGAAAGCAGUCAUUGCAGAGUACGGCGCCGAAGCGCUUCGUCAAAGUUGGAUCAAGGUGUGCAAUGAUCUGCGGGCCAUUACCGACGAAAUCACAGAGAAGGGUAAUAGUAUAAUACCCGUAUUCCACACCACCCAAGUGCUCCAAAAUGGCUUCACGGUCGCUCAACAGGAAGAGAUUCGACGGGUCGGCACCUUCAUUUGUCGGGGUACCAUUGCGGAGGAGGAGACGAACACGCUAUACAACGAUCUCAAAAGGUUUCUUGCCGACAACGAGGGAUCUAUCCAAGCGUGGCCGAAGGAAAGCCCAUCCAUGCUCAUCCUAUACAACUCGCCCACUCAGAACACUCUCCGCGCGCAUCCCCGUCACCUCCAACUACAGCGCAAGCUCAAUGAGCUGUGGCAUGACUCAACAGGAGAAUCGUCUUCCGACCCGCUAAUCUACCUGGAUGGUGUUCGCGAUCGUGGUCCAGGUGUACCAUUUCUCGGCCUGGGUCCUCAUAUCGACGCCGGCAGCCUCUGCCGUUGGGCUGACCCGACCUAUCGGACGGUUUACGAGAGUAUCUUCUCCGGAAGCCCAGAGAAGUUUGAUCCUUAUGACAUGAGUAUCCGCAAGGAUGCAGAUCAGGCGCUUUAUGAGGGGGUGGCUCACUCGAGGGUAUUGCGCACCUUCCAAGGCUGGACAGCUCUGACACCCACGGCGCCGAGGGAAGGCACGAUCAUGAUGUACCCAAAUCUCAAGGCAGCAAUCGCGUAUAUGCUGCUUCGGCCUUUCUUCCGACCUCCGUCGGACCCAACUGUUGACCUCAUGGAUGCAGAGACCUGGACGCUCGAUGAUUCCUCCGGGUGGUUUCCUGGGACAUUCAAACCACAAAGCCAGCGGCUCAGCCGGGCAUCCCAUCCCCACCUCCGCCUAGAAGAAUGCCUGGUCCAUGUACCCGCAGUGAAUGCUGGCGACACUGUCUGGUGGCAUUGUGAUCUGUGCCACGCCGUGGAUACCGAGCAUCUUGGAAACCACAAUGCAUCCGUUGCAUUUAUUGCGUCUUGUCCCACAACACGGGUCAAUGAGGAGUAUGUCAAGAGACAACUGGCUGCCACUUUGGAGGGCCGUCCGGCCCCGGACUAUGCAGAAGGAAAUGAUCUCAACGAGACGAAGUUGAAGGGAUACGUCGGGCUUGAAAACCUUGGUGCAGAUGCUCGUAGGGCGUUUGGCUUUCACUUGUUAGAUGGCGCAUGA